AACCGGAAGCACCUGUGUUGUCAAGCUCUAGUGGUUCAAUUCUGGCGUCUUUCCUGUGCCUAGCUUCUCGCUGCGGAUUCUGCUUUUACUGAGGUUAUCAUGGGCGAAGCCGAGAAGUUCCACUACAUCUACAGUUGUGACCUAGACAUCAACGUGCAGCUUAAGAUAGGAAGCUUGGAAGGGAAGAGAGAACAAAAGAGUUAUAAAGCUGUCCUAGAAGAUCCGAUGUUAAAAUUUUCGGGGCUGUACCAGGAGACAUGCUCUGAUCUUUAUGUUACUUGUCAAGUUUUUGCAGAAGGGAAGCCUCUGGCCUUGCCAGUGAGAACAUCUUACAAGGCAUUUAGUACAAGAUGGAACUGGAAUGAAUGGCUCAAACUGCCUGUGAAAUACCCUGACCUGCCCAGGAAUGCCCAAGUGGCCCUGACCAUAUGGGAUGUGUAUGGACCAGGGAAAGCAGUGCCUGUAGGAGGAACAACUGUUUCACUCUUUGGAAAAUAUGGCAUGUUUCGCCAAGGGAUGCAUGACUUGAAAGUAUGGCCUAAUGUAGAAGCGGAUGGAUCAGAACCCACAAAAACUCCUGGCAGAACAAGCAGUACUCUCUCAGAAGAUCAGAUGAGCCGUCUUGCCAAGCUCACCAAAGCUCAUCGACAGGGACACAUGGUGAAAGUAGAUUGGUUGGACAGAUUGACAUUUAGAGAAAUAGAAAUGAUAAAUGAGAGUGAAAAACGAAGUUCUAAUUUCAUGUAUUUGAUGGUUGAAUUUCGAUGUGUCAAGUGUGAUGAUAAGGAGUAUGGAAUUGUUUAUUAUGAAAAGGAUGGUGAUGAGUCAUCUCCAAUUUUAACAAGCUUUGAAUUAGUGAAAGUUCCUGACCCUCAGAUGUCUAUGGAGAAUUUAGUUGAGAGCAAACACCACAAGCUUGCCCGGAGUUUAAGAAGUGGACCUUCUGACCAUGAUCUCAAACCCAAUGCUGCCACGAGAGAUCAGCUAAAUAUUAUUGUGAGUUAUCCACCAACCAAACAACUUACAUAUGAAGAACAAGAUCUUGUUUGGAAGUUUAGAUAUUAUCUUACCAAUCAAGAAAAAGCUUUGACAAAAUUCUUGAAAUGUGUUAAUUGGGAUCUACCUCAGGAGGCCAAACAGGCAUUAGAACUUCUGGGAAAAUGGAAGCCAAUGGAUGUAGAAGAUUCCUUGGAACUGUUGUCUUCUCAUUACACCAAUCCAACAGUGAGGCGUUAUGCUGUGGCCCGGCUCCGACAGGCUGAUGAUGAGGAUUUGUUGAUGUACUUACUGCAGCUGGUUCAGGCUCUCAAAUAUGAAAAUUUUGAUGACAUAAAGAAUGGAUUGGAACCUACCAAAAAGGAUAGUCAGGGCUCAGUAUCAGAGAAUUUGUCGAAUUCUGGAAUAAAUUCUGCAGAAAUAGAUAGAGGCCAGCUUGUUUGGGGAAUGAGGCAAGAUCUUUGUACCUUCUUGAUAUCAAGAGCCUGCAAAAACUCAACACUGGCUAAUUAUUUAUACUGGUAUGUCAUAGUUGAAUGUGAAGAUCAAGAUACUCAGCAGAGAGAUCCAAAGACCCAUGAGAUGUACUUGAAUGUAAUGAGAAGAUUCAGCCAAGCAUUAUUAAAGGGGGAUAAGUCUGUCAGAGUUAUGCGUUCUUUGCUGGCUGCACAGCAGACAUUUGUAGAUCGGUUGGUGCAUCUAAUGAAAGCAGUCCAGCGUGAAAGUGGAAAUCGCAAGAAAAAGAAUGAGAGAUUACAGGCAUUACUUGGAGAUAACGAAAAGAUGAAUUUGUCAGAUGUGGAACUCAUCCCUUUGCCUUUAGAACCCCAGGUGAAAAUUAGAGGAAUAAUCCCAGAAACAGCUACACUAUUUAAGGUAAUUAUGAGUAUUUUAUCUUUUGAUUUAAAGCUGUUACGGAAAGAAAAUCUGGAUUUGAAAUUGACACCUUAUAAGGUAUUAGCCACGAGUACAAAACAUGGUUUCAUGCAGUUUAUCCAGUCAGUUCCUGUUGCUGAAGUUCUUGAUACUGAGGGAAGCAUUCAGGUAUCUGGAUAUUGUGUGAUUACAUAUAUACUUGGAGUCGGAGACAGGCAUCUGGAUAACCUUUUGUUAACAAAAACAGGUAAACUCUUCCACAUAGACUUUGGUUAUAUUUUGGGUCGAGAUCCAAAGCCUCUUCCUCCUCCAAUGAAGCUGAAUAAAGAAAUGGUAGAAGGAAUGGGGGGCACACAGAGUGAGCAGUACCAAGAGUUCCGGAAACAGUUUACUCGGGUUGGACUUGAAACACAGGCAGUCAGUGUUCAGGAUAAAUUUCGUCUAGACCUGUCAGAUGAAGAGGCGGUGCAUUACAUGCAGAGUUUGAUUGAUGAAAGCGUCCAUGCUCUGUUUGCUGCAGUGGUAGAACAAAUUCACAAGUUUGCCCAGCCAAGAAAAUAUAAUAAACAGUGGAGUCACCAGUACCAGUUAAUCUGAGAAAAAUGAUAAAAUGGUAUAACGUUUAUUUUUCACACUGGCCACAACCAGUCUUGAAUUUCACUGACCCCAUGUCCCAUCUUUGAUCUAUAGUCAGCACUGCUACAUAGUACCCAUUCAUCACAUGACAAGUGUUAAAGCCAUCCAAGUGGUUAAUUAUUGUAAUAGCAGCAGCAGAUAUUAGAGUGCUUAAUAAUUUUCAUC